CUUUCCGGCGGGAGGGUAGAAGCGGAAGGUAGUCAGUGGAGGCGUGAGUUUGCCACAGGGUGCUGCGAGGGUGUUCCUCGUACGGUGGGUCUCCGUUGCGACGUCGCCAGCCAGACUCAGCAUGCCGGGCGUGAAGCUGACCACCCAGGCCUACUGCAAGAUGGUACUACACGGCGCCAAGUACCCGCACUGCGCCGUCAACGGGCUUCUGGUGGCCGAGAGGCAGAGGCCACGCAAGGAGCACCCGCCGGGCGCAGGCACCCAUACUCUCUUCGUGGACUGCAUCCCGCUUUUCCACGGCACGCUGGCCCUAGCGCCCAUGCUGGAGGUGGCGCUCACUCUGAUUGACUCGUGGUGCAAAGAGAACAGCUAUGUGAUCGCCGGCUAUUACCAAGCUAAUGAGCGUGUGAAGGAUGCCAGCCCGAACCAGGUGGCAGAGAAGGUGGCCUCCAGGAUCGCCGAGGGCUUCAGUGACACUGCACUCAUCAUGGUGGACAAUGCCAAGUUCACGAUGGACUGCGCAGCACCUACCAUCCAUGUGUACGAGCACCAUGAGAACAGGUGGAGAUGCAGAGACCCACACCACGACUACUGUGAAGAUUGGCCGGAGGCACAGAGGAUCUUGGCAUCACUCCUGGACAGCCGCUCCUAUGAAACACUCGUGGAUUUUGAUAACCACCUGGAUGACAUUCGGAACGACUGGACAAACCCCGAGAUCAACAAAGCAGUUCUGCACCUGUGCUAGACGAGAGCCCUGACAGCUGGACACUUUCCACCACAGAGAAGAGGAAAACAUACUUUUAAAUUCAGAGGAGUAAUGAGUUAGCCUGAUGAAGCUGCAAGUCUGUGAUGUGUGCCUUGGAAGGGGAGUCCGGUCGGCAUCCUUCAGGGCAGGGCUGUGGAGAGGUGUGGUUCUUAGUCCUGUGCUGCCCAAUCCUGCCCAUCAGAGCUCUUUCUGCUUGUCCCAGGUUGUUCCCAUUAAACAGUUCUAGCCUUUUAUAAUCUAGAGAGAAUACAUUUCAGUCUUUACUCUGGUGAGUGUAAGUCUUUACUUUGGCUGAGCCAACUCCAGGCUUCAGGCAGCCUCAUGGACUGCUGGGGCAUCAUCUGAUCAGUGAAGGUGGUGUUGGGGCUAGGAGCUGUUGGCUGCACAGGGAAAGAGCCAGCGCCAUUACCUGAGACACCUCACUGUACAGUGAGCACAAGCACACUGGUGAUGAUCUAUGCAGAGAUCCCAUGGAGAGAGGACGCCUAGCCUAUGAACAUUCCCGAAGCCUGACUCAGCUGCUCUGGGUCUUCAGAAUGAGAGCUGCUUUGUAUUGAAAAUAAACAAAAAACAAACAUAGAAAAAAAUCCUUAGUGUUCAGUGUCCCCGGGAUGUCCUGAGCAAUGUGCGUGUUAGCUUGAUCGUUUGACCAAGUGUUCUGACCAUCUUAGGAAAUAGUAAGCAGACUUUGGUACAUUGUGUGUUGUCCUUUGUGAAUGUUUUACACAGAAUAGUGCCUUUCCUUAGGCUUCAUGAGGCUGGUGGCAAGGGUUGGUGACAGCAUUCCCCGGACUCUAAGUGGGACAGGCAGGGUCACCUUAGUGAGUGGACACAGGGCGUGGUUCCUCCCCCUUACUCGAGCGCCUCUUGCCUUUAACUGUUUUGUUUUGCUCUUGGUAUUUGUUUGUUGUUUGGGGGAAGUGUUUAGUUUUGGUUGAUUGAGAAUAUCCUUUCGCUCUCCUGAUUGGCUUGGUGUUGACUAAGUAUGUGGAGGAACCUGGCCUUGAAUGUGCAAUAAUCCCUCUGCCUUUGCUUCUCAAGGACUGAGAUCAGCACCCCUCCCAAGUCUCCCAAGGAAAAGGAUCACAAGUUUAAGUCCAAUUCUUCAUAAUGAGUUUCAGGCCAGCUUAGUGAGAGCAUGUUCUGAAAACGAAAUCUGAAUGGGGCAGGUCACCUACAUUGUGUUCAGAGACAAGUCCCUUCCAGCUGUGGCUGGCAAACGGUUCUGGUGGACUUCACUCCUGGGCAGAGCACAGGGCCUCACUGGUGAGCUACCCCACAGCCCCGGGUGAACAUUGAGAACUCGUACCCAUCUGCCCUAGUUAAGUUCUUGUUGCUGUGAUUGAAGCACCAGAACUCAUGUGGGGAGGAAAUGAUUUCUUUCACCUUAUAACUCUCAAGUCAGAGAACAAGAAGUUGGAGGCAGGAACUGAACAGAGGCCAGUGUAGACCAGGCUGGCCUCAUACUCAAAGAUCCACCUGCCUCUGCCUCCUGGGUGCUAGUCUUAAAGGAAUUUUUCACUUCUGGAAUUGCCUUUAAGAAUUAAGGAUACUGCUGGGCAGUGGUGGCACACACCUUUAUUACCAGCACUGAGAAAGCAAGGCAGGUGGAUCUCUGAGUUCAAGGCCAGCCUGGGCUACAGAGUGAGUUCCAGGACAGUCAAGGCUACACAGAGAAACCCUGUCUCAAAAAACAAACAAAAGAAAACACUAAAUCAGGCAUGGUGGUGCUUGUUUUUAAUCCCAGCACUCUGGAGGAAGAGUCAGGCAGAUGUGAGUUCAAGGCCAGCUUGAUAUAGUUCCAGGACAGCCAGGGCUACGUAGAAAGGCCCUGACUCCAAAAUAAAAAAAAGAUCCUAUUCCAGGCAUGGUGGCAUACACCCAUAAUCCUAGCACUCGGGCUGAAACAGUAGAAUUGCAACAAGUUGAAGCCAGCCUAGGCUGCAUUGUGAGUUCCAAGACAAAGCUAGAAUGAAGACCUGUCUCCAAAAAACAGGAAAUAAUACUAAAGGAUGCAAAUAUAGAAAAACAGGCAACACCCUCAUCAGAAACUGUGUGCUGCUUAGAAAGAACUGAUGGCUAAUAUAGAGGUGUGUGGGGUGUUUGCUAAGCCAUGUGUGUCCAGUGUCCAUGCAAUAGAAAGCAGGUUGGAAAUCCUGGGGAAGUCUUUGUAAGGCCAGCAAGAUGGCUCAGCAGAUAAAUGCACCUUUCGGGCCUGACAGCCUGAGUGAGUUCUAUGCCUGGGACCCACAUGUUAGAAAUGCAUAGGUUGUCCUCUGACCUCCACAUGUGCACAUAAUUGAUAAAUAAAUGUUAUUUUUUAAAGCCUU